UACCUUGGUCGCUGACUUCACCACACACAAAAAUGGACAGCUCGGUCUCAAAUCCUGCUGUGUGGGACACACAAAAAGUGUAUAAACACCACGAGCAAAAAAAUGUUGCUCAAACACGCCCAAAAUACAGAGAGGGAAGGCGCCCCAAAGCGGUUAAGGUGUACACCAUCAACUUGGAGUCUCGGUUCCUGUUAGUUCAGGGAGUGCCAGCUAUCGGACUGAUGGCAGAGCUGGUGCAGCUCUUUGCUCUCUACGGAGUGAUCGAGGAGUACAGGGCUCUUGAUGAAUACCCAGCAGAGCAGUUCACUGAAGUCUACUUAAUUCAGUUCCAGAAACUGACGAGUGCAAGGGUAGCUAAACGACACACUGAUGAAAAGAGCUUCUUCGGGGGCCAGCUGCACGUCUGCUACGCUCCCGAGUAUGAAACCGUGGAAGACACGAGACAAAAGUUACAGGACAGGAGAAGAUAUGUUAACAGAGCCAGCCAUCAUACAGUUUUUUCAGUAAAACAACAAGAUCUGCGGCCAGAACAAAGCACAGAGUCAUCAAGCACAGACACUCAAACAGCUGCGGCACCGGAGAUCCAGAAAGGCUCUGAAAAGCCCAGAAUGGACAGGGUGAGGUCUGACAGCAUCGGCUUUCCUGUGCCGCCGUUGCCACCAGUGGAGGAUGUUUCUUACAGACUUUGUGGUUUCGCACAGUCGACCGCUGAUGCAACAUUACCCACAGAGGAUAAGAUGGGCUCUCUACACGACGCUAUUCCUCCUGUCACAGAAACGUCUGCGCAACGUGCACCUUCCGCCUCUCAUAAAAAAGAGAGAGAUCUGAGGGAGAGGCAGAAGAACCCCUCGCCGUCUGUUAGAUUUAUGCCGAGGACUACACAUUUAGAAAAUAGAAAAAGAAAAUUGGAGGGACACGCAUUGGUUUUGAAUGAAGCAGCUGAAACUGAGGCUCUGAUCGGUCCUAAAUUACCAGAGCUGCCCAAAGUAGACAUGGAGGAUCAUUCAUUAAAUGUAACCGCCAGUUUGAUCCGUCAAACAAUGAGCAAGGUUGCAUCCGUCCCAGAGGUCAAGCCUGUACAAGUGAAGACCCCUACAGCGAAGCCACGCAGGAGAAUUUAAUAAGACGACCACGGUCUCGCACCGAGCAACAUUUUACACAUUUAUUUCAGUUUCAGCCACAAAUACUGUUUCAAAAAAUGAAGCGGUUCUUUUUAAUGUCCGUGUGGUUCCUGAAAGGCGUAUUGCUCGAAGGCCAGUACGCUCUGCCAAACGAAUAAAAGCAGCGUUUAAGAGCCUGCCCCUUUAGAAUAACAAUAAAUGUUACAUGCACAAAUAGUGAUCUGAUCUAUACCUUUGUGUCUGGGAGGCAGUUGCCGAAGGCUUCCAGUAAAAGGUUUUCAUCUUUGACCGUCUUCUCAAAAUCUGAAUAAGAAACUUUCCCAUCGUGGUCAUAAUCCUGAAAAAAGUGAUGGAUUGUAUUUUACACCGAACACUGGUAAAAUAUUACACGUAAGCUUCAUGACAGAAGGUAGUACCAUUUUUUUCAAGGCGAUCUCCACAAUGUCCUUAAUUCCUUCGUCGGGAUCAUCUUCGGUGGGUUGCCUGACGAGGCUGUCUUUGAGCAUUUGUAGCAUCUCCUCCCGUGAGAUGUAUCCGUCCCCAUGCAGGUUGUAGACGUCGAAACAGACUAAUACAAAUCAUUACGUCCACAACAUUUCGCCAUCGGCAUUUUAAAGCGAGAAAUAAAGACCUUACAUUUAAUUUUCUCGUCCAGGGUGCCUCGCAGAAACACGGACAGGCCUUCCACCCACUCUUUGGCACUUAUGUAGGUGUCAUUGUCUUUGUCAAACGCACGAAAUACUGUUAAAGUAAAAAAAAUAAUAAUAAUA